ACAUGUGAUACUCCCAAGUGACCUGGCGAAACUGGUGCCAAAGACGCACCUCAUGACAGAAACAGAAUGGCGCAACCUUGGGGUUCAGCAGUCACCUGGUUGGAUCCACUAUCUUGUUCACAGUCCAGAACCACACAUCUUGCUGUUCAGGAGACCCAGAACUGACCUGAAGUCAUAGGAUGGAGAAUAUGUGAUCCCUUGUUUGCAUUUUUCUUUACCUUGAAGAAGUUAUUGUGAACUUGCUUUUGCAUGAAAGAGUAAAGUAAUGGAUAGUCAUAGUCAUCAUAAGCACAGAAAAGAGAGAACUACAUGAAUCUGAUAGCACUUCUCCAACUUUUAUUUUAAUUUGAAUAUAAAAUUUCAUUGUAGUAAAGGAGAGUGCAUUGUCUCUAUCACACUACAUAUUUAAGGUGUUAUGGUUUCAUCUGUGUAAUAUACCUGAUUGUGAAUAGUCUAGUAUUUUUAUAGGAAGAUGUGGAGUUUACAGAAAAUUGAAAUAAGCUAUUUUCCCAUAUAGUCUGUUAUAUAUCGUUUUUGUAUUUUUGUAUCAGAGUUUCACAUAAAACAACACUAUAUGUCCAAAUUUGCUCAAUUCUUCCUUGAGGGAGAAAGAUAUCUAUGCAAAAAGUUAUCAAAGUUUGUUAUAUAUUUUUGGUAAGAUAUAUCUAAAUAUCUUUUAAAAAUAUUAGUUUGGGAGUUGGUUCCAAAAUUCGGUUUAGGCAAGCAAUAGUAUUGUUUUCUUCUGGCAUGGCUAUAUAAAAGUACAGAAAAUAUCAAUUGCCUCUUUUUCUAUAUAUAUAUCAAGUCAUUGAUUAUGGGGAACUUUUGAGUGGAGGAAAAAAAAGUGAAACAUAUUUGAAUGAUUUCUUUUAUAUUUGUUUGAUAUACAAAAGUUGAUCCUAAUAUGAAACCCUACCCCGACACAAAUAAUAAGAAUAAGAUUAUUUGGUAUAAGCAUAACAGAUUAUUAUUAUUUCUCAUCUUUUUAAGAAUUUCUGAAAUAUUUUAAUGUCACAAAGUUAUUGUGAAGAUUUAGAAUAUAUAGCUAUUACAUUUUGUUAUAGGCAUUUUGCAUUUUGAUUUUUGAUCUUGGAAACUAAAUCAUAGAACAAGGUGUUCUUGUAUGUGAUUUUCGUGAAUGUCCACUAAAUUGUAGCUAUGGAUAACUGUAGAUUGAUUAUUUGGUACAUUUAAUUUUGUAAUGAAGUAAGUCAUCCAUGUGUGCUACAAUGCUGCUAAAGUACCUGCUAUA